AAUGUUGCAGAAAAUGUAUGAAAGUAAAAUAAAAAAAAAUACAGAAAUAUAGAGUGGUUGAGAUAAAAUCAUGUGAAUUGGAAUAAGAAAACAGGGUUAUUUGUGUUAAACUGCAGUGUUUGAAUCAUUACACUACACUGACAGUCACCUGACAGUCACCUGACAGUCACCUGCAUUAACGUAACAUUAUCCUGGAAGUUACAGCCCUCGGCGACCACGCAGACUUUUAAUUUGAAAAGCCGCCACCGGAUGUUGGGUUCCCUCUCUCUCAGGUCUGCGCUGACACCGGCCAUCCAGCACAGAGCAGCCUCGACUGCCGUAUUCAGAGACCCCCGCUCUCCCAGUUCCUGUUUCCGCCGCAGCCUUUCUACCCAAUUCUCUGGAGCAACAAAUCUCGGCUGACGCUGCGACAGACCCGGCCCCCGCAGCCCCGGUCGGAUGCCGCUGGAAGCCGGUGUAUCACGUCAAGAUUGUUGACCCACACUCUGCGAGCUGCUAACAGCUACUCAGUGAACGGGACAGACUGCCAAACAUGAGGAUCAUCGGCUUACAGAAAAUAACCUCCUGAUAUGAAUUGCUAAGAGCUGAUAGUAGGAACCAACUCGAGUAAAAGAAUCCCAUUGGACAGGAAGGAAACAGCAAGACAGUGUGGGACACGGGUCAACCUGGAGCUGGGUGGAGGGGAGAAGACACCAGUCGGGCUGUCAAAAUGCUAGCCAUGCUUUAGCACACACGGGAGAGGCUGCCUGAUCGCUGGAGAAACACCCACACGCCUUUUCUCACCCACGCCUGAGACACAAACACACGCAUCUCCCUCCCCAUCCGUCAUUCAGCGAACACCAUCCCUGCAAAGAUGCCGAUGCCAAGGUUGGCGCUGUGGCACUUGUGGUGACGGGGCACAGAGUGUGUGUGCGCGCAUCCGGCAGGCAGGCCGGUGGGUCGGUUGGUGUACGGGCACACCAAGAGGCAUUUUCGGGUGGGUGAGGUUGAACCAUGCGGCCCUGGGCGGGUUCAUGGCGUUGGAUUACCCUGGUGCUGUUGGCCUGGGGCACGCUGCUCUUCUACAUCGGAGGUCACUUAGUGAGGGACAGCGAUCACCCCGAGCGGUCCAGCCGGGAGCUUUCCAAGAUCCUGGCCAAGCUAGAGCGGCUCAAGCAGCAGAAUGAAGACCUGCGGCGCAUGGCCGAAUCGCUCAGCAUACACCCGAGCUGGCGUGGACUCCAUCAGCAAAACCUGAAGCAGGAUGAUGACCCCAAACACACAUCAAAUCAUGCUGGGACAACGAUACCAGAGGGUCAGGCAGAAGCCGGGUCCCUGGCUGCAGGGAGACUGCGCUCCCUGGAGGACCAGUUAACCAUAGCCAAACAGAAGAUCCACAGCUUCCAGAAACUCACUGGAGAUGGCCCUGGGCCCAAUCAGGAGGAGCUGCGGAGGAGGGUGGAGAACGGCGUUAAGGAGUUCUGGUAUUUUGUUCGCAGCGAGGUGAAGAAAUUGGCCACCGUGGAGCCCAGCGAGAGGCAGAAGUACGCCGACACGCUCCUGCAGGACCUGGGACACCAGGAGAGGUCCAUCAUGACAAACUUGUACUACCUCAGCCAGGCGGACGGAGUGGGCGAGUGGAGAAUGAAGGAAGCUAAAGACCUCUCGGAUCUGGUCCAGAACAGAAUCACCUACCUACAGAACCCCCCAGACUGCAGUAAGGCAAGAAAGCUGGUGUGUAACAUCAAUAAGGGCUGUGGUUAUGGCUGCCAGCUCCACCAUGUCGUCUACUGCUUCAUGAUUGCUUAUGGCACCCAGCGCACGCUCAUCCUGGAGUCUCACAACUGGCGUUACGCCCCUGGCGGCUGGGAGACGGUUUUCCUGCCCGUCAGUAACACCUGCACUGACCGCUCUGGAGCCACAACUGGACACUGGUCAGGAGAGGCCCACGAUAAGGACGUCCAAGUUGUGGAGUUGCCUAUUGUGGACAGUCUGCACCCUCGGCCACCCUACCUCCCCCUGGCCAUCCCGGAGGACCUGGGCCCGCGCCUGCAUCGUCUUCACGGCGACCCCUCCGUCUGGUGGGUGUCCCAGUUUGUCAAGUACCUGGUGCGCCCACAGGCGUGGCUGGAGAAGGAGAUCCAGCAGAGCACCGCCAAGCUGGGCUUCAAACAUCCCAUCAUCGGAGUCCACGUGAGGAGGACAGAUAAAGUGGGGACGGAGGCAGCCUUCCACCCCAUCGAGGAGUACAUGCUGCACGUGGAGGAGCAGUUCCAACAUCUGGCCAGACGUGUGCACGUGGACAAGAAACGAGUUUACCUGGCCACUGACGAUCCGUCCCUGCUGCAGGAAGCCAAGACCAAGUAUCCAGACUACGAGUUCAUCAGCGAUAACUCCAUCUCGUGGUCGGCGGGCCUUCACAACCGCUACACCGAGAACUCGCUGAGAGGGGUCAUCCUGGACAUCCACUUCCUGUCUCAGACCGACUUCCUGGUCUGCACCUUCUCCUCGCAGGUCUGCCGCGUGGCCUAUGAGAUAAUGCAGAUGCUGCAUCCAGACGCCUCGUCUUUCUUCUACUCCCUGGACGACAUCUACUACUUCGGAGGCCAGAACGCCCACAACCAGAUCGCCAUAUACCCUCACCAGCCACGCAACAGCGAGGACAUUCCCCUGGAGCCCGGCGACGUGAUCGGCGUGGCCGGCAACCACUGGGACGGAUACUCCAAAGGCAUCAACCGCAAACUGGGCCGCACGGGCCUCUACCCUUCCUACAAGGUCAAAGAGAAAAUCGAGACGGUGAAGUACCCGACGUACCCCGAGGCAGACAAACUGCUCAACUCUCAAAAGAAGUAAUAAGAAGAAAUGAAAAAAAAUAAUAAAAGAGGAGAAGGAGCGAGGAGAAACACGCAGACUCCGAUUCCAGGGAAGGAGGCUGCUUUUUUUUGUACAGAAGAGAGAGGCGUACUUAGUGCGCUAAGCUGAGAAGAAAAGAAAAAAAGCCUGCACCCAGGGGUGAUAGGAAUGAGAAUGCACUCUGUGUGUUUAUGUGGGAGCGCGUGUGUAUGUGUGUGUGUGUCUGCGCGCACGAAGGAGCGCAAGCGAGCAAGCGUGUGUGGGUGUGUGUGUGUGUGUGUGUGUGCGUGUGCGCACUUGUGUAAAUGCCUGUGCAUAUGUCAGGUCAUGGAAGACUUGCACCCUACCACCACUCCCCCGCCCGACUCUCUGACGUCUGUCGGGUCUGUAGAGAUUUUAGACGUUGAACAUUGAUUUUAAAAUAAAAGCAAGAAAACAAUUAAAAUCCACACAACUGACCAAGCUCGCUCUCCAGAGACACGACUGGGGGACUACUGUAAGACUGGCACACCCCAGAGUUAGCUUCGAAUCAAUGACUGGGGGGGGGGAGAAAAAAAAAUGACAAACUGGAAAAAAAGUGUUUUGAUUUUUAUUUAAUUCUUUUCAGUGGUUUUGAUUCUAAUCUUGCCUUUUUUUCAGUUUUUUCCUCCUGGGGUUCUGUUUUUGUUUACUGAAUGUACUGUAUCCUCUUCUUACCAUGCUCACCGCUGCCCCUCCUCCUCCUCCUCCUCCACCUCCUCCACCUCCUACCUGCUCCACUCACUGUGCUUCCUCCACCUCGUCUCUACAUGUGCAAUUAUUUUUUAAAAUACCAUAUUGUGCUUUUAUCGAGUGUUUUUAACGGUCUUAAUUUUGUGUGCGUGUGUGUGGGGGGGGGGCUUGUGCAUUGUAUACUGUACAGUGUGUGUGUGUGUGUGUGUGUGUGCGUGUGAGCGGACGGAUGAGUGUGUGCGUGCGAGAGUGUGACUGAGCGAGCCUGUGUGUGCUGUUUUAAGUCUAAGGGGGCCAUGUCACGACCUGGUGCCUGGUUAUUGGUGAGCAGUGUGUGUUUAUUUUUUAUUUUUCCUCCCCGCUGAAUAGUGUUUGUGUGGCCGGCGGGAGACUGGCAGCGACAGCAGGGGGGGAACUGUCCUCAGCCCCCCCUCCCUCAGCACUUGGAUCAAACUCCAGUCACUCCGCUUGGUGAACCUCUAGUGAACAAUGGUAAGAUUAUGUGGAGUUUGGUGAACUCAUGGUGCACGCACACGCCGCAGACAUAGGAGCCGUCCCCGACUUGAGGCUCACCAAAAGAAGCACUCCGCCGAGAAAAAAAAAAAAAGUCCUUUUUUUCAGCGCCUCUGCUGUCUCUUCUGUCCAUCUACUUGUUUGUUUUUAUUUUCUACGUUUUAACAUUGCUGUUUUAAAAAUAAAUGAGGAAAAAUAUGUUUAAAAAUGAUAAUGCUAUGUCAUGUCAAACUCAGAGUCCCCAUCAUGAAGGCUUUUUUUCAUAACUUAUGUUCUUGGGCAUUGUCUUUGAUAACCACAAAUCGAAUAAACUUGAGAAACCAA